CAGAGGAUUUCACAUACGCGGAGGAGUACCUGAUGAAGUUCUACCGUCUGGAGGGAGAUGGUGCUCUUCGCAGCAAGAGGGACACCACAGCCAUGGAGAGGAAUAUCCAGAAGAUGCAGGAUUUCUUUGGACUGGAGGUGAGCGGGCGGCUCGACCCCAAAACCCUGGAGGUGAUGAAGAGGCCGAGGUGCGGUGUGCCCGAUGUGGACAACUACAGCUUUUAUCCUGAUAAACCCAGGUGGACGAAUCGCACCAUCACCUACAGGAUUAUGAAGUAUACUCCAGACCUCUCGAGGGAAGAGGUGGAAAGUUCACUGCGCAGGGCACUGAAGCUGUGGAGUGACGCCGCACCGCUGAGGUUCCUCCGAGUCGACAGCGGCAAGGCGGACAUCAUGAUUACCUUCGGAUCUAAGGCGCACGGAGAUUUCUUCCCCUUUGACGGCCCCAGAGGAGUACUGGCUCACGCCUUCGAACCAGGGGAGGACAUAGGUGGAGAUGUGCACUUUGACGAGGAUGAGGUGUGGACAACAGGGAACCGCAGGCUUGGAUAUGACCUGUUUACUGUGGCAGCCCAUGAGCUGGGCCACUCUCUCGGACUGUCCCACUCCAAAGACCCCUUCGCAUUAAUGUACCCCAACUACAAACAGCUUGACGCCACUCGGUACAGCCUGCCUAAAGAUGACAGACUCGGGAUUCAGGCACUCUACGGUAAGAAGAGAAAGAAAAAAGAGGAAACAUCAAUUCCAAACAAAUGCAGUCCCAGCUUGUCUUUUGACGCUGUGGCAGUGGUUGGCCAAGACAUCGUUUUCUUCAAAAACAGAUACAUGUGGCUGAGAAGAACCAGGAUGGGCUACUGGGAUAGUCCAAGAGGGGGUUAUGUAAACACCUACCUGCCCAGCAUCAACUCACCUGUGGACGCAGCCUAUGACAUUGCUGCCAAAGGUGUGGCUUACAUCUUUACUGGUCCUAAAUACUGGGUGGUGCAACAGUUAAACACGAGGAGUUACUACGGCUCUAUCUAUGACUUCGGAUUCCCCCUGAGUGUGAAGCAAGUGAACGCAGCUGUUCACAUAAGCGAAUUUGGGAAAACCUACUUCUUCGUAGAGGAUGUGUACUACAGGUAUGAUGAGGGACAUUAUGCCAUGGAUCCUGGGUAUCCAAGGAAAACUACAACAGACUGGCCAGGGAUUGAGAGGAAAAUUGAUGCAGCUUUUAAACUAGGAGGGUACAUCCACUUUUUCUCCAGAUCAACAGCAUACAUCUUCGAUUACACCAAGAGACGGGUGCAGCAUGUCACACGAGCAAAUGCGUGGCUGGACUGCUGGCAGACAGUCCAACAGCACAGAGCUACAUAG